GACGCCAUCUUGUUCAGGAAGGAAAACGUGGUCGUCGUACGCCUGCGCCUCUCUGAAAUUCCCUAGUUCUCUUACCUUUUACAGCACAUAAAACCUAAUUUACAAAAAUGGCUGACAUUGAGGACACCCACUUUGAGACCGGAGACUCUGGUGCCUCAGUUACUUACCCACAGCAGUGCUCAGCUCUGCGUAAAAACGGAUUUGUUAUGCUCAAGGCUCGGCCAUGUAAAAUAGUGGAAAUGUCAACCUCAAAGACUGGUAAACACGGGCAUGCCAAAGUCCAUCUUGUGGGCUUGGAUAUAUUUACUGGAAAGAAGUAUGAAGAUAUCUGUCCUUCUACCCACAACAUGGACGUACCUUUUGUUAAACGUGAGGACUACCAGCUUACAGAUAUUUCGGAUGAUGGCUAUUUGUGUCUGAUGUCUGACAAUGGUGACUUACGUGAAGAUCUCAAGGUUCCUGACGGUGACCUGGGUUCUCAGCUCAAGUCUGAAUAUGAUGCUGGCAAGGAGUUGUUGUGCACUGUCUUAAAGGCUUGCGGGGAGGAGUGUGUGAUUGCAAUCAAAACCAACACGGCCCUUGACAAAUAAUGGCUGACAAAUCCUGUGAAGAUGGAAAGGCUGUUUUUAUAUGAGUGAGAAGGCGAGUGGCUGACGUGAAGCGAACGAUAACAAAUAAUUUAACGGGUGGGAGGGGGGCUGUUACACUUAAUACUACAUAAUUUGUUUAUUUUUGUUUAGGAUGUUGAAAAUUGUAAUGUUUUCACAGGAAAAAAAUUUGUUUAUAUUUUUAUUUCAUGGGGAGUGAUAACAGAAAGAUUAAAUCGCUAAGUGUUGAGAGA